AUGUGGGGUUUUUUCUUUCUUUUUUCCCCCCUUAAGGGUCCUGGUAUGUUUCAUCCCUAUGAUAGUGGGCACGUAGCAAUGACUUACACAGGUCUCUCAUGUCUGGUUAUUCUUGGAGAUGAUUUAAGUCGAGUAAAUAAAGACGCCUUACUGGCAGGACUGAGAGCUCUCCAGCUGGAGGAUGGAAGUUUCUGUGCUGUGCUGGAAGGUAGCGAGAAUGAUAUGAGGUUUGUGUACUGUGCUUCCUGCAUCUGCUACAUGCUUGAUAACUGGUCAGGCAUGGAUACAAAAAAAGCAGUAGACUACAUUAGAAGAAGCAUGUCUUAUGAUAAUGGCCUGGCACAAGGAGCUGGACUGGAAUCUCAUGGUGGCUCUACAUUUUGUGGCAUUGCAUCACUGUGUUUGAUGGGUAAACUGGAGGAAGUUUUUUCAGAAAAAGAACUGAACAGGAUAAGAAGAUGGUGUAUAAUGAGACAGCAAAAUGGCUACCAUGGACGACCCAACAAACCUGUAGACACCUGCUAUUCCUUUUGGGUGGGAGCAACUUUGAAGCUCUUGAACAUAUUCCAAUAUACGAAUUUUGAGAGAAACCGGAAUUACAUUCUGUCAACUCAAGAUCAUCUUGUUGGUGGAUUUGCCAAGUGGCCAGAUAGCCAUCCAG